UUGCGUUUUUUAUUUAGGGUUUUGGACUUCACCACAAAGCAGCCAUGGAAGAUUCACAACCAUCUCUCUCACGAGAACGAAUUGACCUAGAUCAUGCAGGAAACAGCACAACAACAACCAUUCCUUUCGAUCUCGUUAUCGAGAUACUCUCUCGACUUCCUGCGAAGUCGCUCUUACGAUUCCAAUCCGUGUCUAAGCUAUGGUUCUCUACCAUCCGCAGCAAAAAUUUUGUAGACUCGUUCCUGACUUGGUCAAAGACUCGUCCUCGUCUCCUUCUCAUGUCCUAUCUUCUAAAAAAUUUGCAGAAGAUCAAUUUCAUCUUCUCGGCUCCUGAACACACAGACAACAAGGACGAUGAUAAAUCAUCCACAGUCAUGGCCAGAUACGACAUGCCGAUCUUGGAACCCAGCGACUACUUGAUCUCUGGUUCUGUCAACGGUUUCGUCUGCUUCAGAGGUCAGGUUUGUAAUACUAUCACUGUUUAUAAUCCCAUUACAAGACAAGCUGUGAAACUGCCAGAGGUUACACCCAACGGAAGAUGCAUGCACGCAAGUCUUGGGUACGAUCCAGUCAAAGAUCAAUACAAGGUGCUAUGUGUGACGAUGAGGUCCGACUCUAUAAGAAAAUAUAACCAACAGGAGCAUUUCGUUUGCACUGUGAGUUCAUCUCAGAAACAAGAGUGGAGAAAGAUUGAGAACCCGACCGGAGAUAAUUACAGCUAUGUUUGCGGAGAGACAUGCAUUGAUGGUGCUCUAUACUAUGGAGCUGGACUGUCAAGAAUAGUUAGGUUCGAUGUUAGAUCUGAGAAGAUUGAUUUUAUUAAAAUACCCAAGCUGGAGUCAUAUAUGUUCUCUACCGCAUACAGGUCCAUAUUUAUAAAUUACAAGGGAAAAUUGGCCCGUAUAGAUUGUUCUUUCCCAGAAAAUUUUAUGACAUUGUGGGUUUUUGAAGAUGCUGAGAAACAGGAAUGGUCGAGCAUGACGUGUGUCUUACCUUCUCAGUGGAAAUAUUUAACUGCGAGUCACUUAAUGUCUGAAGGAGUGAUCCGUACGGGGGAGCUUGUGGUGUUCAGUGUAUUGUUAGACUCAUCUAAGCCUUUUUAUGUUUGUUAUUAUGAUUUUAAUAAAAAGAUUAUAAGAAAAGUAGAGAUCCUAGGAAUGAAGGAUGGUGAUUUCAGAGGUAUCCAUGGGACUAGUUGGAUGUCAUGUUUUCCAGGUCACAUUGAGAAUAUUAGGUUCUUGUAA